CACUUCCUUCUCAUGACAAAACUCAACAGACCAAUUCUUGAAAGAUUAGAUGAAGCUUCAUAUUUUAUGAAAGAUUUUGCAAAUAUAGUCAAUUAUAUAUAGUUUUUCAAAUAUGGAAAAUGUGGCAAAGGUUAAUUUUUAAUGUGGAAGGUUUAAAAUUCCAUACCCUUGUACUAAAAAAAAUCUUUCGAAAAGUGAAAUAGUUAUGAUAUAUAAGGAAAUUCAUACAUAGUUUUAAUAUGAUAAUAUCUAUAUUGAUAUAUGGAAUGUGCAUUGAGUAUUUGUAAAUUAAUUGGAAAAAAAAAGAAAUUUGUUUCUCACAUUCAUUUUCAAUAAAUUGUUAUUAACCAUUCUGGGAACUCCUCAAGGAUGUUUCUGCAUUUAGUAUCACAUCAUACAACACAAUCUAACUAUAAUAUGUCAAAAUAAGCAUAAUUCAAUUGACAUCGUAUUUGUACUAUCAAUCUCGAAAUUAGUUUAAUUUCUUCACCCUACGCAUUUAAUUCAAUACCUUUGUAGUAUAUAUAUAUAUAUAUAAUGAGAAUGUGUAUGAACCUUAUUUUCUUCUAGAGGUAACAAAAAAAAAAAUGAAACUUAUGGUUUUAAAAAAAUAGAAAUAAUAAAUUCUAGCCAAGCAUCUUAUGCCGACUUUAAAGAUAACUACAAGCAAGGAAAGUUUGUAAUAUGUGUUGCCUGCACCGGUUUUUCUUAUUAAAUUAUACAUUUUCCUCAAAAUUGUAAACAUAAUAAAUAAUAUAUUGAGCAAACCAAAUUGUGAAAGUGACUGAAAAAGAGUUGCCUAUUUGCUUUUAACUUGAAAUUAUGUCAGCUGCAAUUCAAUUCGUUGAUUUAGAGGCAAAUUUAUCACAUUAGAGAGAAACAAACAAAUAUUACAAUCCAUAUGAUAAUUGUAGAGAUGAAUGAAAGAGAUUUCUCAAACAAAAAUGACUUGCAUGUCUUGAAUAAAUAUCUAGUUUAUGAGUAUUAAUAAUUUAGGUUUGAUAAUUGUACUAACUAGAGAUGUGCAGCAGUUGGUCAGAGUUGGUUUCCCUACAAAACUGUCAUUGAACCAACUAUGGUCUAUUUAAUGAAUGUUUAACCCGAUCCCGACUGUCUAGGAGUACAAACCUGCCGGCUGCCAUCAGUCGGUCGGUUUAACUCUUUAGAUUUUUUUUGAAAAAUAUUUCUUUGAUUUUUUUUCCUAAGCCGACACCGACCGACCAACUUCGGUUUGGAUGAUCGGCUCGAUUUUUCAAUUUAUCAUGCUUACCCUCUAACUAAAAAAAAAAAUCCUUUAAAUCCACCUUUUACACUAUUUUUAUAAAUCAUAAAUCAUAUAAGUUGUAUAAAACCAAAUUUCUAAAACUCAAAAAUUUCCAAUUCUAAACAUUUUUAUACCAUAACCAGCAUGCCUAAUUUACAUACUUUAUAUAUUAAUAUUAUUAAACUUCACACUAAAUAAGUCUGGGGGUGAUUAAUAAAAAUUAGUUUAUUUUUUAUUGGGGAGGAGGGGGGGUUGUUUAAAGAUGUAUAGCUACCUUAAGAUUAUAUAAAAAGGUAAAAGAACUCACAUGAAUUUCAACGAUUUCCUUGUAGAAAGUUCCUUUGUUAUUUCUCUGCUUCUCUGUUGUUUAGUAUAAUGGCACAGGUGGAGGAGAAAGGCUCUGCAAAUGGAAGAGAUGAUUACACACAAGAUGGAACUGUGAAUCUCAAAGGUGGACCUAUUUUAAGAUCAAAGACUGGUAGAUGGAGAGCCUGCUCCUUCAUUGUUGGUGUUUGUUCUUUGAGGUCUCAAGAUGUUGGUUUCAUAUAGCGUACGAGGUGUUUGAGAGGAUGGCAUACUAUGGGAUUGCAACAAACUUGGUGGUGUAUUUGACCGACAGACUUCAUCAAGGCAUUGUGACAUCCGCCAAUAAUGUCACCAACUGGAUUGGCACUGUGUGGAUGACACCAAUUAUAGGUGCCUACAUCGCCGACGCUUAUCUCGGCCGAUACUGGACCUUUGUCACAGCUUCUGCAAUUUACCUCGUUGGAAUGGUCCUGCUUACCAUGGCAGUUACAUUGCCAGCGCUGAGACCACCACCAUGCGGCAAUGAGGGAAAAGACGGUCAAUGUGAUAAACAAGCCUCACCUCUCCAAGUUGGCAUAUUCUACAGUGCAUUGUACAUUAUCGCACUCGGAACUGGUGGUACAAAACCAAACAUCUCCACAAUGGGAGCAGAUCAAUUUGAUGAUUUUGAGCCCAAGGAAAGAACCCAAAAGCUCUCCUUUUUCAACUGGUGGAUGUUUAGCAUUUUCUUUGGCACUCUGUUCUCCAACACCUUUUUGGUUUACAUUCAAGACAAUGUAGGUUGGGGCCUUGGAUAUGGGAUUCCAACGAUCGGGUUUUCAGUUUCUGUGCUGGUUUUUUUGAUAGGCACUCCAUUCUACAGGCACAAAUUGCCUUCAGGAAGCCCUUUCAACAGGAUAGCUAAGGUAAUUGUAGCUGCUGUGAAGAAGCGGAAUGUGCCAAUUCCUGAUGAUUCAAAGGAGCUUCAUGAGCUUAAUCUGGAAGAUUACACUAAUUCAAAAAAAAGUAGGAUUGAUCAUACUCAUUCAUUAAGAUUCCUCGACAAAGCAGCAGUUCGGAGUGCAACGAGCUCAGCAUGGACACUAUGCACUGUUACUCAAGUUGAAGAAACAAAGCAAAUUAUUAAAAUGAUGCCAAUUCUGGCAGUGACAUUCAUACCAAGUGCACUUGUUGCACAAGUGGGAACAUUAUUUAUCAAACAAGGCGCCACCCUAGACAGGAGCAUGGGUCCCCAUUUUGAAAUUCCUGCAGCAAGCCUUUCAGCUUUUAUAACAAUCUUUAUGCUGAUCAGUAUCGUCGUCUAUGACCGUUUCUUUGUUCCAUUUGCUCGACAAUUCACCAAAAACCCCAGAGGGAUCACAUUGCUGCAAAGAAUGGGUAUCGGACUUGUGUUGCAAAUCACUGUCAUGGUCGUAGCAUGUAUUGCUGAAAGAAUGAGAUUGAAAACCAUUAGAGAAAACCACACUUUUAAGCAAAAUGACCAGGUUCCGCUCACCAUUUUCAUUCUCCUUCCUCAAUUUGCUAUAACAGGAAUAGCAGAUGCCUUUGCAGAAGUAGCAAAGCUUGAGUUCUUCUAUGACCAAGCGCCAGAAGGCAUGAAAAGCCUUGGCACCUCAUAUUUCACCAGCAGCUUGGGAAUUGGACAUUUUCUGAGUAGCUUUUUACUGAAGACCGUAGCUGAUAUAACUACAAAAAACCAUAGCAAUUGGGUUCUGGACAAUCUAAACGUUUCUCAUCUAGACCACUAUUAUGCAUUAUUAGCCAUCUUGGGCGUCAUCAACUUUUUCUUCUUUUUGGUAGCUGCAAAAUUCUAUGUUUAUAACGUUGAUUGUGCAGAAUCCAAAAAGGAAAUAACCAUGGCAUUGCUAAAUACAGAAGUUGCAUCUCAUCAGGUCUCAAAAAUCCAACCGGCCUGAUUAUAUUUUAGGCAUAGCACAGGAUUAUC